CCCCACCUAGAAAUUUUUCCACCUCGAGUUUAUCGCCAUGUUCUCCUUGACAGCUCGUGUCGCUCGGCAUCCGUGCCGAGGAAUUAUUGCACGAUCGUACGCAUCGAAAAAGAAAUUCGCCUAUAAAGAGAAUCCCGAUGCGCUUGACGUGAAACAGGCAGUGCGUGUGUUGCAAGCCCUCGAAGUCGGUCAUCCUACGCAUCAGAUCGAAGCCCACAUUCAAUGCAAAAUCGAAAAGUCGACUCCCUUGAUUCGUGGAUCCAUCGUGCUUCCCAAAAACAUCAAACAAGAGGCCACUAUUCUCGUCUUUGCUACUGGCAAGCACGCUGAAGAAGCUCGCAAUGCCGGCGCACACUAUGUUGGUGGAGAAGAAUUGAUUGAACAAGUACAAAAGGGAGAACUCAAAUUCGAUAAAUGCAUUUCAACCCCGGCCAUGUUCCCUGCAGUGACAAAGAUCGCACGUAUCCUCGGUCCCAAGGGUUUGAUGCCUACUGUUAAGAAAGGUACUGUCACGGAAGAUCUGGCCAAUGUGGUAAAGAUGUCCAAGGGUUCCUUUGAUUUCAAAGCUGAUAAACAGGGUGUAUUACACACCGGUAAGUGUGUUUUCGAUGGGGGAGACAAGAAGUUCGGAUCUGACCAAAAAUUGCUUAAUUUAGGCAUCGCCAAAAUGACAUUUGAUUCUGCUGAUGUUGAAGCAAACUUAAAAGCCAUUCUGGAGGAAUUACGAGUAUUUGGCAAAGCGAAUAAUUUGAAAUCCAUCAUUCAAAAUGUCGUAUUAUCUAGCACACGAGGUCCCGGUAUUGUGAUUGCUGGCGGACCCUCUUUAUAGACGCAGCACAGUCACUUGUACAUUUUAAGCUUAGACAUACAAAAAUUUUCAAGUCAUUUCAUUAUCCCCGGAAUCGCUUGAUUCGUACUAGUUUCAAACAAUCAACAGUGUUCCAC